GGCACGGAGAAUCUUCUAGGCAUAUAUUUUAACACGUUAGAAAUCAACGAGCCGUUGGUUAUAGAUGAAAAUUCAUUUAGAGGAAUGCUCAAUCUCAAAUUUCUAAAAUUUUGCAAAGAGUGGUGGUCAAGGAAGACUGGUGAAGGCAGAUUGUAUUUAUCGGGAGACUUUGUUCGUUUUCCUCGUGAACUCAGAUUGCUACAUUGGGACGAAUAUCCAUCCAAAUGUAUGCCUUGUAACUUUAGGGGGGAGUAUCUGGUUGAACUCAACAUGAUAGGUAGUAAGCUUGAGAAGCUGUGGGAAGGAGCUCAGGUGCUCUCACCACCACCAAGUAGCUUCCACGGUGUUGAUGGAGCAUCACUUUCGCUUUCCCUCUCUUCUUUUAAUACCUGCCUCGGGGGAGAACCUUUGUAUUGUGAUCCCAUGAUAAUCCAACAACAAGACACAUGGACACCCAGCGAGACAGCUUCUUUGUAUUUUGAUCCCAUGAUAGUGGAACAACAAGACACAGAGACAGCCAGCGAGGGUCCUUCAUUGUCUCUACAGCUUGUAAACUAUUUCAGCUACACAUUGUUUGUUUACACAGAGAGUGCGAGAGUAAAAAAGGCUAAGUAA